CUCACACAGACAUACCGGAAGCAAUCGUCAGUUUUAGUGACGCUGCAUAAGACUGCAAGACAUGGACCGGUCUCGGCUGUUUGGGUUGUUCCUCCUCAGCCUGGCUCUCGCUGGAGCUCAGGCGCUCACACCGGCGCACUAUCUCUCCCUGUCCGAUGUGGCCCGACUGCAAAACCUCCUGAGCCAACAGUUCACCGAUCUGGACUCUGCAUACUACUCGGUCGUUGGUCUGACCAAGCUCGGGGAAACUGUUCCCGAUCACGAGGGAGUGUGCCAGUUUCUCAAAUCCCAGCUGGAUCCCUCUAACGUUGACUCUGUCUUCUUCGCUGCUGAGACCAGUCAGGCCAUUUCAGGAUGUGAGAUCCCCGUGUCCAACGAAACGCGAGACCUCCUCCUGGCGGCGGUUAGUGAAGAUUCCACCAUGACUCAGAUUCACAGAGCCGUGAGCGCUCUCAGCUCUCUGGGGCUUCCUCUGGCCUCCCAGGAAGUUGUAGGUGCCUUGACCGGUCGCAUCAACAAGGAGGACAACGUCAUGGCUAUCACUUCAGCUCUGCAGACCGCAGCACGCCUGUCCCAGCAGGCAGAACUCGGAGGAAUACUGGAGGAAAUUGAGGAUCUUACGGCUCGUUUGGAUGAUCUCGGUGGCAUCUACCUCCAAUUUGAGGAGGGACUCGAGGCGACUGCCUUGUUUGUGACUGCUGCUUAUUCCCUGUCCGAUCAUGUGGACAUGGAGCCCCCUCUGAAGGAGGACCAGGUCAUCCAGCUGGUGAACUCUAUCUUCAGCAAGAAGUCCUGGGACUCUCUGGCCGAGGCCUUCAGCGUGGCAAGUGCCGCCGCCGCUCUCUCCAACAACCGUUUCCACGUGCCGGUCAUCGUCAGUGCUACCGGCCCGGCCACGGUGUCCCACAGCCAGCCAACCCUGCAGCUCCUUGUCACUGAUGUCAUGUCUCAACCGCUGGCCUUGGCCAACGUGCUGCUGGAAUCUGCGUACGCCGUGGCCUCCAAGAGCAUCAUCCUCAGCCAAGCUCCAUUCACACUUAAUGACGGCGUCUUUGAACUGAACUUCAUGUCCAGCAAGCCCGCCAGCGGAUAUUACCAGUUUGCCGUUGCAGUGACUGGGGAUACCCGGCUUGUUGGCAAUCAUGUUGAGCUCAAAGUGAAGGUGUCCACCGAGGUGUCCGUCACUAACAUGGACCUCUCCGUGGUGGAUAAGGACCAGAGCAUCGGCACAAAGACCACCAGGGUGGAAUAUCCCUCCAAAGGCAAGAGCUCCUUCACAGCAGACAGCCACCAAAACUUUGCCAUGGCCUUCCAUCUGGUUGACGUCAACACCGGCGAGGAGCUUAGCCCUCACCAGACUUUCGUCAAGCUGCACAAUCAGAAGACCGGCCAAGAGGUCGUGUUUGUGGCCGAACCCGACAGCAAGAAACUGUACAAGUUUGAGUUGGACACAGCGGAGCGGAAAUCUGAGUUCAACUCCAUGUCCGGCACCUACUCCCUCCACCUCAUCGUUGGGGAUGCCACUUUGGAGAAUCCCAUCUUGUGGAAUGUGGCUGACGUUGUUCUGAAGUUCGUGGAUGAGGAGGCUCCAGUGGCCAUUCAGCCCAAGACUCUUUAUGUGCCCAAACCAGAGAUCCAGCACUUAUUCAGGGAACCAGAGAAGAAGCCUCCCACGGUGGUCUCCAACACCUUCACUGCACUCAUCCUGUCUCCCUUACUUCUUCUGCUCAUCCUGUGGCUGAAGCUCGGAGCCAACGUCUCCAACUUCACCUUCACUCCCAGCACCGUUCUGUUCCACGUGGGACACGCAGCCUUGCUGGGCCUGAUGUACGUCUACUGGACUCGCCUGAACAUGUUCCAGACUCUGAAGUACCUGGCGAUCAUCGGUAGUGUGACUUUCCUCGCAGGGAACCGCAUGCUGGCCCAGAAAGCCGUGAAGAGAAUUGCGAAAAAAUAAGAGGAAGAAAAUUAAGACGACACCGACGAAGCUCUUUUUUUUUUUUUUUUUUCCUCCCCCCAAGGAGUCAUUCGAUGAUGCAUCAAAUCAGACUUUAAACAUGGCGUUGCAGUUCAAGAAUCCAAUCGACAGUUUAAACAUGCAGUUUGUCCGCGUUGCGAAAUGGAAGAAAUCGAGAAAUCACAGAUCACCGAGGACAAACACCCACCGACAGAUUCUCUUUUACUGAGGGCUGUAAAGCUACUGAUCAUUGCACUUCAUCUUCCUGUGAGAUUUGUGUUCUUGUUGUCCAACAUGCUAGUGUUUUCCAAGUGAGCUCGGACUUUUAUUUCUUUUUUCUUAUGGAUUUGGGGUUUGAUUUGACAAUUUUUGUCUUGCGCUUUUUUUUUUUUUUUUUUGUACAUUCCUCUUUUUUCGCUCGAUGCCCAUUUCACCUUGUAACAAAAGCAGUUAGUUAACAUGAACAGCUGAAGAAAAACCAAACAUUGGCAUUAGCACUGAUCCGUUGAACAUUACUAACUAUGCCAGUGUGUUUUCCUGUUUGGUGCAUCAGAUGUGUUGGAGGGAGCGGGAGUCCCCUAUUUGAUACAGAGUUGGCGUCCCCCAGAAAAAAAUGUUGAUAAAUAAAUGUGGGCAAUGUGAUGUUUUUGUAAUGAAGAAAAGGAAAUAAAGAAGUGG